UGUGCGGCGGGGCGGGCGCUGCUAAUUCCAUUGUGGAGCGGACGCGGCGAUAUUUGUAACUGGCGGCGGCGGCGGGAGCCGUAAGUGCAGCCGGGCCGGGGCCGCCGCGGGCGCGGGGCGGGAGGCGGCGAUGCGCCCGGGCGGCGGCUGCCGCGCCGCCGAGGGAGCCGCCCGCUGAGCCGGCGCGGUCCGGCUGGCUGGCGGGCGGGCGGGCGGCGGGUCCCGCAGCCCCUCUGGGCCGCGCCUCCUCUCCGGCCCGCCUUCCCGGGGGAUGAAACUCGGCAGCGGCUUCCUCGGCGGCGGCAAGAGGGCGGCGGCCAUGGAGCCGACGUUCCCCCCCGGCAUGGUGAUGUUCAACCACCGCCUGCCCCCGGUCACCAGCUUCGCCCGGGCGGCCGCGCCCCCCGCGGCGGCCCAGCACCCCCCGCAGUGCGUGUUACCUCCGGCCGCCGCCGCCGCUUCCUCCACGGCGGCGGGCGAGCCCCCGGCGCCUCCGCCCCCGCAGGACGUGACUUUCAAGAAGGAGCCGGCGGGGGCUUUCCCCUCCGCGCCCUCCUCGCAGAGGAGCCCGUGGGGCUUUCUGCAGUCCCUGGUGAGCAUCAAGCAAGAGAAGCCCAGCGAGCAGGAGGAGGAGCAGCAGCCGCAGCACCAUCACCACUACGGGGGGCUUUUCGGGGCAGCGGCGGAGGAGAGACCCUCCGGCCUGGGCAGCGGCGAAGGGAGCGGCCCGAGCGUGAUCCAGGACCUCAGCCUUCUGCACCACCUGCACCAGCAUCCCCACCGAGACCUGCUGCUGACCGGCAGAGGCGAGGGCGCUCCGGGGAGCGCGGGUGAGCCAAAGCACGACGCCCAGGUCAAGAAGGCAAAGAGGCCAAAGCCAGAAACUCAGGGAAUCAAAGCCAAGCGGAAGCCAAGCGCUUCAUCCAAACCCCCCCUGGUGGGAGAUGGGGAAGAUGCCGUGGCGUCCCCCAGCCAGAAACCUCACGUCUGCGAGCACUGCAGUGCUGCCUUCAGGAGCUCCUAUCACUUGCGCAGGCACGUGCUCAUCCACACCGGGGAGAGGCCUUUCCAGUGCAGCCAGUGCAGCAUGGGCUUCAUCCAGAAGUACCUGCUGCAGAGACACGAGAAGAUCCACAGCAGGGAGAAGCCCUUCGGGUGUGACCAGUGCAGUAUGAAGUUCAUCCAGAAGUACCACAUGGAAAGACACAAGAGGACGCAUAGUGGAGAAAAGCCAUACAAAUGUGACACUUGUCAGCAGUAUUUUUCAAGGACUGAUAGACUGUUAAAGCACAGAAGAACAUGUGGUGAAGCCAUAGGUAAAGCAGGGGCUGGAAUGGAGCCCGGAUCAUCAAAUAGCAUGGGUAGCUUGGCUGCAUUGUCUCAGGGAAAUACAAGUUCCUCAAGGAGAAAAAGUAAAACAAAAAAUACGUCCACGGAAAACAAAGGAAACAAGUGUAGCAGCAAAAUAGCUGAAUCUCAAGUUACAAGUAAUGUGGCCAUGCCAAGUUAUGCAGUUGAUAUUCCUAUUGUGUCUUCCAGUGGUGGUCUAGUUGGCACAGGCGUAGAAGAACUUCAGAAAAAGGUGCCAAAAUUGAUCUUGAAAAAAGCGAGCAGAAAACAAGCAGACAAAAAUUACCUUAAUUUUGUAUCACCACUGCCAGAUAUUUUGGGGCAAAAACCACUAUCUGGGAAACAGAGUGGCUCUCUAGGCCUAGUAGCCAAUACCGGUGUAGAAACUAUUGGCCUUCUCCAAAGUACAGGUGGUAAACCGGGUCAGAUAAGUAGCAAUUACGAUGAUGCCAUGCAGUUUUCAAAGAAAAGAAGAUACUUACAAACUGCAAGCAGUAACAGUGCCUUUUCACUUAAUGUCGGACACAUGACUUCCCAGCAGUCCGUCAUCCAGUCUCCGGGUGUUAGCGUUAUGGAUAACGAAGCUCCCUUAUCUCUUAUCGAUUCAGCAUCUUUAAACAGUGACAUGAAGUCUUGCCACGACAAGUCUGGUAUUCCCGAUGAGGUCCUGCAGAGCCUUUUGGACCAGUACUCUCACAAAUCGGAAGGCCAGAAGGAAGAUCCUUUCAGUAUAACUGAGCAGCGCGUGGACUUGCACACCUCAGGAGAACAUUCAGACAUGGUUCAGGAAGAGAACUUGAGCCCUAACUCUCAAACAGUUUCAAAUGAUAAGGCAAGCAUGUUGCAAGAAUACUCAAAAUACCUCCAACAAGCCUUUGAAAGAACAAGCAACAGCACUGGUUUUGCUUUUGGACCCAGUUUCCAGUUUGUUAGCUUGUCUUCAACUCUCCAUAACCACACUCUGUUUCCAGACAAACAGAUAUACACUACAUCUCCACUUGAGUGUGGCUUCAGCCAAUCUGUUACCUCAGUAUUGCCAACUGCGUUGCCAAAACCUCCAUUUGGGAUGUUGCUUGGCUCUCAGCCAGGCUUUUACUUGUCUGCUUUGGAGGCUUCGCAUCAACAGUUGACUCCUUCUCAAGAGCUGGAUGAUCUCAUCGAUCCGCAGAAAAACUUAGAGACUUCAUCGAACUACCAGUCAACAUCUCAGAAACUGACUGGCCAGAAGGAACAGAAAAACUUAGAAUCCUCAACGAGCUUUCAGAUCCCAUCUCAGGAGUUAACCAGCCAGAUAGAUCCUCAGAAGGACAUAGAGCCUAGAGCAACCUACCAGAUCGAGAACUUUGCACAAGCGUUUGGUUCUCAGUUCAAGUCGGGCAGCAGGGUGCCAAUGACUUUUAUCACUAACUCUAAUGGAGAAGUGGACCAUAGAGUAAGGACUUCAGUGUCAGAUUUCUCAGGGUAUACAAAUAUGAUGUCUGAUGUGAGUGAGCCAUGUAGUACACGAGUAAAAACCCCAACCAGCCAGAGUUACAGGUAAGGUCCUGACUGUGACCAGGCUGUGGGGUCUUCUUAAUGUAAUUUGUUUUACUUUGACAACACUGCCAUUGGAAUGUUUCUACACGGUCCUAUUAAGAAUAAUGUAACAUGCCCUUUCAAUGCAACUUUUCAUAUUUAGUUUAUUUUGUUAGUGUGAUUUUUUUAGCUCUGUUUAUUAUGGUUUUUAAUCAAAAAUCAAUAGUUUUUAAAAUAGCGUUUUUGUUCAAGUGACAAUGUGUAGCAAUCAAAUUUACAUUAUGUAGAUUGUCAGGGAAUAGCCCAAGAGUUUAAAAUGCAAAAAAUUAACUUUGUUCCUAGGACUAAAGUUUAUUCUAAUUGCUUUACUCUCAGGAAAGUCUAAUGAAGCGUGGGAAUUCUAUGCACCGCUAGUGUAUUGGAACUUCCAAUUUACAGAUGAUGACAAAUAUAUCUCAGCUUUUUAAGGAAGGGAUCUUUGACAUUUCAAAUUGCUGUCUCUUACGUCAGCUGAUCUGAAAGAAUUUUGCUACCUAAAUCUUGUUGUUUUUAAAGUACUCCUGUUCUUCCAGGUGACGCUCAUUCCAGGCAGGUGGAGCAAAUGUUCUCGGGUCUGCACGAUGAGCCCAGCACGGUAGCUUUAAUCUGAACAGUAAUGUCCCCAGAACUGCUGUGUAAGACUGUAAUUCCCUAAAGAGAUUCUGUUGACACAAACCAUGAGAACAAAAUGUGUGCAGCUGGUUCAUGUCACUAGAACCCCAACUUGAAACUACAGUCCUAAUCCAGAUAGGGUUUUGGGAUACGUUAUUUGUUACACACGGUUCAAAAAAGUGCAUCUCCUGCUCCUCCCCUUUUCACAUUCUUUUAGUGUAAAGGGUUCCCUCUAUUUUAUUGUGUUCCUGGUUCCUCUGGACUUGAUCUUGGUUAUCUGCCUGUCCUCCCUGCCCCCCCUUCCCAUCCCCUUUUCUUUCUUUUCUUUCCCUUUUCCCCUACUCACACUCUCACCCCGAUGUAAUAGCUAGCCUUUAAAAAGAUUUACAUUCCAGAAAGUGCAUAUCUUACGAUGUGCUUUCUGAUGUCUUACGACAUCAGAUGAUGAACAAUGAACACCCACCUGUUCUAGAACUAUGUCGAGGUUUCCAUGUAGGAUAAGAAAUAAUCUACUCCCAACUGUACAUAGUAAGGCCCCUGUCCUGCAUCAGGAUGGGCUACCACGGCCCCCUGUGCCCAGCAGUGUCCCCGUGCUGUCCCUGGAGCUCCCUCCAGAGAGGGGCUUGCAGCAGUUCAUCAAGGCAGGCUUCUAGGGCCUAAGGCUGCAAUUCCAGCAAAGGAUUCUGCUGAUGGCAUCAACUGCAAAAGUAGAACUUGAGUGGCUUGUUAAUAUCAACAGAACUUUUCUUUGGAAUUAUUGCCUUACUUUAUGUAUAUUUUGUGGUACAUUAUUUAUUAUAUGUGAAUCCUGAUUAAUGCCUGUGGAGCCAUGGAAACCUGCUAGAAAUACUGGUGGCCAUUCAAAGCUGCUGAAACGCAGUGGCACUGCUCUAAACCACUUUUUGCAAAUGAUUUUUUGAUUAGUUUUUUAAUGUAAUUUUGGUGAUGUUUAUGAUGAUGGUUUUUUAUGUACUCUUGGUGAUGUUUCAGUCUUACGUACUUUUCUGUUGUCAGGAAGGUACCAGUGGUUGUUUGCAGUCUUAUUGUGUAAUCAGCCUAUUACAGGCUUCCAUGUAUAAUAAAGUUAUUAACAUUGUGCAAGUGUAAAACACUUCUGUUAUGAAAGUGGUGUAUUAUUAAAAGAAAUUGUUACAAAAAUCCUGGGUAAUUUCUCCUGUUGUCCCUCACCACUAUGAAUAGAAACCUGAGCCCAUUCGUGAUCUCUUUUGCUAGAAAACUUUUUUUUUUUUUACCCUCACUAAUCUAGAGUUUUUUCCUCAUAGUAUCUGUGUAACUCCAUUAACUUUUUAUUUAUACUUGAUUCUGUAUUUCACGCUAUUUCAGUUUAAAUAAUCAAACAACAACUGUUCUCUAAACACAGAACCCAGCCUGUUACCAGGGAUGGCAUAGUCCGUAACCACUGUGUUGGCUUUUUAAAUACCUUUUCUUUUGUUUUACAGAGGUUAUAAUUUACAUUCUUUAUAUUGUGUGUGGUAGAAGUUGCAUAUGUAUUGUUCUGACUGUUUGCUUUAACUUAAUAAAACCCAUUAUUCACAGAAUCAUAAAGGCAUCACUU